AUGCUUGAGAUUCCACCUCCUCCGCCUCCGAAACCGCGUGUCGUCCUGCCGUGGUCCGAGUAUGACCCUGGCUUGCUCAACGGAGACGGCAUUGCCGUCCGCAAGUGCAGCACUGACUAUCUUGCCUCUAUUUACAAGACGUGCUUGGACACAUACCGUCCGAAUGAAGUCAAUCUUUCUCCGGAGGAAACAGAACGCUUGACUGAAAGUGUCCGUCUUGAACUGACUAGGCUUACCUCUUAUCCUGAUCUUUUCCCCACGCCCACCGCCCAUGAACGCUUUUUCAAACUCCUCCAGGAAAGCGUUGCUAGAGUGGUCAAGAAACGUCAGGACAAAGAAAAUGAGUCCAUUGAAGAGAGUAUCCGUCUCCGUGCCAACAUUCUUGCUAGAGAGGAGGAAGAGAUCUUACAGGAAAUCAACCGCCCUUCAUUUAAGCCCGGGCUGAAGCCUUGGGAACAAUUCCUUUUGAAAGGCAGCCCUGGCAGUGGUGUUGUACUUCCCCCAGACCCUCCAAACGGCUAUGUGCAGAUGAUGCCAAUAGGUGGAGUGGCACUCCACUUGAGGUGGUUAAGAGAAAACUAUACGGCUUCUAAAGAAUAUGCGGAGGCAAGUUAA